CAAAAGACGAAAACAUCACAGUCUUUCUAGCAGUGACUACGCGAGCAAGUGUUGUAACCCUGUGACUAUAACAUUUUCAAUACUUGAGUGCUAAAUAUACAACAAUAUAUCGGAUCAAACGAUGCUAUCGCUACUUUCAAUAGCCAUCUGCUUGACACAUUUGUUAUGGACUUCCGAUGCAGCCGUAGAAGUAGUGAAUCAAAAGAAUUCUGUACACACAGGGUAUCUAAUGAUCGAUUCUUACUCUUUUAAAGAAGGAAACCUAGUUUAUGGUAUAUGCAAUGGUCACAAAGAGCAAAUAAAUUGUACAAUUGUUCAAGCGAAGCAUCCAUACGCAAAUGCCACUCACACCUGUAAUGUCACUCUCAAUGCCGAGCAAAAGGAUGCAGAAAUUUACAGUCGUAUUGGCUUAGCAGCUCUCGGUCAAGACAAAGCGGUAAUAUUCUGGCACGAAGAAGGCGAGAAAACUUAUUUGAAGCUCGGCACCGUUCAAAUGAACAAUUGCAAGUUGAAGGAAGCCAAAGUGCCCGACGUCCAAACCGUCAGCUACAUCGAUCUUUUCCAUUCGCAAAAAAUUGUCACUUAUAAGGGCGACAUUUAUGACGUUGUUUUCCAAGAUCCAAAGCUCUGCGGCGAUAAGGCUUGUAAAAUGACAAUUGAUGCACAAGGUGCAGUAAUCAAAGAACCUUCCGCUUACAUUACUACUAAUGGACAGUUUAUGGCUGUUGUGUCGCCGAUUGCAACUCGAUCACCAAUUAAUGGACUUAUUUAUACGAUCAUCGAAUCAAACAAGUCUAUCUUAUGGAUGAUCACCUCCGAUGGAACGGAAAAGAAAAUCGCAGAGUACGAAGGUUACCCAAUUCGCACUGUUUCCAGCAGCCACGACAUGAUCAGCGUAUGCUCAAAGCCCAACAGGGAUUCCGAUAUGACCAAUUGUACUCAGUACGAUAAAGAAGGCAGCAUCAAGAUCACAGUGAAUCUGACUGACACUAACGACAAGACGAACACUCUGAUCGUGCACAAUCUUGCCAAAGGCGGCUUCCUUCUCAUGCUCGUGGAGUACGAAAAAUGCGAGAAAAACGACUGCGCGAACGAGCUGGCUUACAAGCUGAUCAGAAUCGACGAGGGAGGAAAGCGCGCCGGCAGCUUGAAGCUCAGCGAGUUCGAGAGCGUUGCCGGCAAAAAGGAGUGGGCGUACAUUUACGAUGCCGGCGACGACAAGUACUGCGCCGUGUUGAUUGGCAAUGAACUUUCAACUCCGCACGGCGACUCGCACGUUGUUUCCAAUUGCUUCGCCAUUGGCGACUUCUCAAAGUGAUUGCCGGAGAAGCUCUCGUGCAUUUUAUAACAUUUUAUACUUUCUAUACCUUGUGUGUAUCCUAAUUACUUCACGAAGAAAAUAAAAGCAAUUUAAGCCAAAAAACUAUCAACUUGCGUAUUACGUCACUUCAAUUUUACUUGAUAAUAUUUCUUAAGGUACAUUCGAAUCAACCAAAUUCAAUCUUGAUACAUAGCGGAAUAAAUUUUUCGUCUUUCAAAUCAGGAAACUUUGUAAAGUGAAUAAUAGUUUAAGUGCUGCUAAAUCAGCCUGGUUUAGAAUGUCAAUGUAGCAACGCUUUCAUUUGCGUCUGUGACUGCUGUAACAGGCGUUGCUCGGUGAACACCUUUAAGGAUUGGUUUAUUUUGCUAAAAUCACGAGCGAAAUGUUAAAGCCAAUUAGCCUUAUCGUCCAAAUCUCUGUGUUUCAAUUACUGAGCACUUGUACAGCCGUGGAAGUGUUGAAAAAGCAAAGUCACUUUUCGAAAGGUCAGCUCAUGCUUGGCCCUUACUCGUUCAAAGAAGGAAACUUGGUAUACGCACUUUGCGACCACCAAGAGCCAAAUGUAAAGUGCCAGGUCGUUCAAGAGAGACCGCCUUACAAAGAAACCUUUCGUUCGUGUAACAUCACACUCAUACCCCAGCAGAAAAACGGUGAAAUUCAAAGUAGUAUCGGAGUAGCAGCUUUAGGCAAAGACAGGGUCAUUUUGUUCUGGCAUGAAACUGGCGCAGAGGAAUAUUUGAAAAUCGACACCAUCAAGAUGGAUCACCGUUGUCAGAUUUACGAAGCCAAAGUAGCCAAAGUCAGCUUACCGACUUACAUCGAGCUUCAUCACACGAACGAUAUUUUGACGUACAACGACGACACCUAUGACGUCAUCUUCCAGGAUGUGAAUAGAUGCGGCGAUAAGAUGUGUAAGAUGAGCAUCAAUGCCGAGGGCGAAGUCAUUGCCGAGCCAACUGGGUAUAUCAGUAGCAACAAGCAAUUUAUUUCUUUUGUGUCACCGAUUGCCACUCGAUCGUCCUCCAAAGGAUUCGUUUACACGCGGAUCGAUGCGGAUGAGAGCACUUUAUGGAUAAUCAAAUCUGACGGUA